AUGGCUGCACACAUUCCUAUACGACUGUCGAUCCGCACCGAAAACCCAAAUGACAAGGCUACAUCCGUGCCACCACUAACAGUGGUGCCGGGACUGACCCCUCCAGUCACUCCAACCAAGGGCGACGAUAGUUAUUCCAGUGGUACGAGGACGGCCGGAUCGAGUCGUUCAAGCUCCUUUGUAACUGAAGGAGAAAAACCAAGAGAUCUCUUUGGGGACGAUGUACGCCCCUCGGGCCCUCUUCAAUAUUCCGAUGAGCUAGAGUUUCAGUAUGACCCGAAAGGUCGCCCAAUCGAGUUCGGCCGCGGUGUCUGGAGUGUCGUCUACAAAGCUUCGUCCCGCCCGGCUUCGAAAUCAUUUCUGAUGACCCCUCCUAGUUCACCUGCGGGUGGAGGCCGAGUGGUAGCGGUCAAAUCGCCUGUACGGCGAGAUGCACACGCCGUCCUUGACGCCGAAGCGUUAGCAUUAACUCGAAUCAGUCGAAUUCCGGGUUCAGAGCGUCAUGUAAUCCCUUUCCAUGGGUACAUCUCCGAAUCACACUCCAUAGUCAUGUCGGCUGUGCCCCUAUCCCUUUCAUCAUACAUCGAAGAAAAGGCCGAGCUGGCCCAGAAACACAAGUCCACUCGGACUAUGUUCGAUCCUGUGCAAGGCAUGCCUCAGUGGCAAGAGCUUGCAAAGAAGCUGAUCACCGGUUUAUACUGGCUUCACACGCAGUGCCAAAUAGUGCACGGAGAUAUCAAACCGCAUAACAUCUUGUUGAGAUCACGACCGACUGGCAACGAUCUUGAAUCCGACGAAUUCCCAUUCGAACCGCUUUUUGCCGAUUUCUCAUCCGCACAUAACAUCACCGGCUCUUCACUGUCCGCAGAGAAAGAAACAGGGACGUCAUUAACGGCUUUGACCCCACCUUUCGCCGCCCCCGAACUGUUAUCUGUGUCAUCUUUGACUUCUCCGGGCACUAGUCCCACUCCCGCAUCCGAUGUGUUUUCCCUGGCGGUCACCCUCCUCGCGGCGGCCACAGGCGAUUUACUGCUUUAUCCUGGCACCAGCAACAUGCAGCGCCUCGCCAUGGCUCGUGAAGGUCACCGGGUCAUCGACUUUGCCCGGUCGGGUAGUAACGGUUCUCGGGUUCCUCGUAAUGGACCCGUCGAACAGGUGAUCGAGCCUGCUGUUUCAAAGGACCCAUCUCAACGGAUUCAAUCCAAUGAAUGGGUAGAAUUAGUCGCUGCCAUGGCUUAA